AUGGAUAUCGGAGGACUUACCACUGUGGUAGCAAAUUCUGCGUACAUCAAUGCUCGUGGAAGCAUUGAUGGCUCUAGUGCAGCAGCUCGGGAUAAGAAGUACCAUUCUCGCCUCAAACUGCCUCACAUCACUGUGUGCGAGGACCUGAAGGAUACCCUGGAUUUGACCUUUGACACAGUCUGUGUUGAGCAGCCGAUCGGCAAACGUCUCUUUAGGGAGUUCCUGACUGCAAAUAAAGAUUAUGUCCCAGCUUGCAAGUUGUGGAAAGACAUCGAGAGCUAUGACCUGGCAGAGGAUUCUGAUCGGGUAAACAAGGCCUCAAAGAUUGUCCAGCGUUAUAUGGACUCCUCUGCCAAACACUACUGCCCAUUCCUUCCUGAGGACAUCAUAGCCAAAGUGAAGGAAAACCAGGAGGCUGCAGGGGAUGACUUGUUCAAUGCAGCUUCAACUACAACACUGAACUAUCUACGAGAGGCCCCCUACACUUUCUUCGUGGAGAGCAUGUACUUGAAGAGGUACCUACAGUGGAAGUGGCUUGAGAUGCAGCCCAUGGAUGAUGACUGGUUCCUAGACUUCCGUGUGCUCGGGAAAGGUGGGUUUGGGGAGGUGUCGGCCUGUCAGAUGAAAGCCACUGGGAAACUUUAUGCCUGUAAGAAACUCAACAAGAAGAGGCUGAAGAAGAGGAAAGGCUUUGAGGGGGCGAUGGUGGAGAAGAGGAUUCUUGCGAAGGUUCACAGUCGCUUCAUUGUGUCAUUGGCGUACGCUUUCCAGACAAAGGACGAGCUUUGUCUGGUCAUGACCAUCAUGAAUGGAGGAGAUCUCAAGUACCAUAUCUACCUGGUGGAUGAGAACAAUCCAGGCUUUAGUGAGGCCAGAGCCUGUUUUUACAUUGCUCAGAUCAUCCAAGGCCUGGAGCAUCUUCACCAGAAAAGAAUCAUCUACAGAGAUCUCAAACCAGAAAAUGUGCUGUUAGAUAAUGACGGAAAUGUUCGUAUAUCUGACCUGGGUCUUGCUGUGGAGCUAAAAGAAGGCAAAACGUUGACCAAAGGCUAUGCUGGAACACCUGGGUACAUGCCUCCUGAGAUGCUGAAAGGGGAGAAGUAUGACUACUGUGUUGACUACUUUACUCUGGGGGUGACAUUGUUUGAGUUCAUGGCUGCUAGGAACCCUUUCAGAGAGAGGGGGGAGAAGGUUGACCGUGAGGAAAUGAAAGAGCGCAUGCUGACACGGGUGCCGACCUAUGAAGACAAUUUCAGUGAGAAUGCAAAGAACCUCUGUGAUGGGCUGCUAGCUAAAGAGAUGGACAAGAGGAUCGGUUUUAAGGAUGGGACCUGUGAUGAUCUCAGAGCGCACCCCUUUUUCAGUGACAUCAACUGGAGGAAACUGAAUGCAGGUAUCCUACCUCCUCCUUUUGUACCUGACCCUAAAGUGGUGUAUGCUAAAAGUCUGGAUGAUGUUGGGGCUUUUUCCUCGGUGAAGGGAGUGGCUAUAGAUGAUCCAGACAAGACCUUUUUUGAUGAGUUUGCCUCAGGCAACAUUGCAAUCCCCUGGCAAGAAGAGAUGAUCGACAUGGGCAUUUAUGGAGAGCUUAAUGUUUGGGGUCCUGAUGGUACCUUGCCCAACGACCUUCGCAGGGAGUCCAUACUAGAGCAACCGCCACCAAAGUCAUCGACCUGCUGCAUAUCAUAG